UACGAUAGUCUCCAUCUAGUUUUCCUUGAUUUGGAGUGUCUAAAUAAGGUUUUUGAAAAUGAGAAAUGUGGCAAUGUGAAGCGCAUGGACCAGGUGUCAUCGCCUUUCUCUCAGCUAUUGCAACCCUACUCGCUGUUGUCCAGGCUAAACAGGCGGAGAUGUCCUUGCCCCUGGAUGAGUCCCCGCAAACGCAGCGUCUGCCGCCGGAUUACGUGAAGGGAGUGCUCAGCCUGAAGAGCAGUCUGCUGUCCAGCAAGCCGGCCUUGGGUUACGGCUCUAAUCAGCAGCAGGUGGAGAACAGCGUUCCCGUGGCCGGAAUCAGACCCGGCAUGAGGUACACCCCCCAGUUGGAUGUGCAGCAGCCACAGAGUCCGCAGAGCCAGCAGCCGAUGCAUCAGGUCGAGCCCGUUGCCAAUCUGCGGCCAUCUGCGCUAGCUCAUCGACCCCCUCUUCACUCCCAGAUGCCGCCGGUCAAGCUGAGUCGCUACAACCAGGAGUUCCCCGCCGCCCAUCUCUUCCAGCCGCCCUUUGUGCCGCUGCCCAAAAAGCAGGAGUCACAGGAUCCGCCGCCGACUGCCGAGCAACUGGAGUUGCUGCAACAGUUGUCCGAGUUUUUUGGCCAACGGCAGCAGGGCCAACAACAGGUGCAGCAUGUGCAACAGCAGGAGGCCGCCAACUGUGGCACCCAGAUGGAUCAAAAUGAGGGCAAGGGACUGGGAAUAUGCGAUGUGGAGGCGACUACCGAUUCCUGUGAUUCCACAAAGGAGCCCAAUAAAAGCGAGGAAGAGGAUUCGGUUUCGGUGGAUGUGAAGAACAAAGAGCCGCAAGAGACCACCACAGCGCAGCCGAAGCCUCCUGUGGCACCCAAAACAAAGGCCACCAAGCCAAGUAUUGUCAAGUCCACCACCCACAAGCCCCAGACGACGCGUACUCCCAAAACAACUACGAGAAAACUACCCUGCUGUUCGAAACCAAGGAAUCAGGGCAUUGCAGAGACCCCAAAUGUGAUUAGCUUUUCGCUGAAUAUACAAAAUGACAACGCCGAUCAGGCAAAGUCCCUGCAACAGCUGCCUCGAUGUGGUCGUCAUGUUAUCCAGCCCGAUUUACGUAUCAAUGCCAUUUCCAACUUGCUGAGAUAUCGCAGAAAACUAGCUCAGGGUACCGCUCCUUAUCCAAGACCGUUUUCCACGUUAAAGGAUCAGGAAGUGCAGAUGCAGAGUCGUACAAAGCGAAAGAAAGAUAGGAUCCUGGACAAGAAGCAGCUACUUCAAGCAGAGCUUAAGAUCUGGCCCAUAAGCAUACGGUCGAAUUUGGUAGAACGAUUGCACUGAAGUAUAUUUUAUAAUGACUUAGCUUAAAUAGAUUCAAUAAAUAUUUACCAAAAGGGUUCUAAGUAAGGUA